AUGGCUAACCUGAUAAGGCGCUCAUUAACGACACAAGCGAAAAAAUUAACAAUAGGGUUAAUACCAGCGGAUGGUAUCGGUAGAGAAGUUAUCCCAGCUGCACAACAAGUUCUUGAAGCACUACCAACUGAGCUUGAUAAACCACGUUUUAACUUUAUACACUUGGACGCAGGCUUUGAGUAUUUUCAAAAACAUGGAACGGCUUUACCAGAAAAGACCUUGGAAAUUUUAAAGAAUGAAUGUGAUGGAGCAUUAUUUGGAGCUGUGAGUUCCCCGUCGCAUAAAGUUGCCGGAUAUUCUUCGCCUAUUGUGGCUUUGAGAAAGCAUUUAGACCUCUACGCGAAUGUCAGACCCGUUAAAUCUGUCAUAUCCGAUAAGGAUAUUAAUCAAAAACCCAUUGAUAUCUUAAUCAUUCGAGAAAAUACCGAAUGCUUGGCGACCGGAUUAAAAAUAGCAUGGGCAGAUCGAAAGAUAUCCGAAUACGCAUCCAAGCGUUGUGGUAAAAUGGCAUUUGAAAUGGCAUUAGGAAGGAAUGGGAUCCGUCAAAACAUACCAAUGAAUCAAAGGAUAUGGAAGUCAAAACCAAAAGUUACCAUUGUGCAUAAAUCCAAUGUAUUAAGUAUUACGGAUGGAUUAUGGAGAGAAAGUGUUAGAAGCGUUAAAGAGAAUAAUCAUAAAUAUGAUGAAGUGGAUAUGGAAGAACAACUCGUUGAUUCAAUGCCGCAAGCUUUUGACGUUGUCGUUGCUCCAAAUUUGUAUGGAGAUAUUAUUAGUGACGGCGCCGCAGCAUUAGUUGGAAGUUUGGGCGUAGUUCCAAGCGCGAACGUUGGCGACACUUUUGUAGUUGGAGAACCAGUACAUGGAUCAGCACCUGAUAUAGCAGGUCAAAACAAAGCAAAUCCAAUCGCAGCAAUCCGAAGUGCUGGAUUAUUAUUAGAGCAUAUAGGGUAUCAUAAACAAGCACUAAGUAUUUAUAACGCUGUAGACAAUGUAAUGAGGGAAGGUAAUGUUCUUACGCCUGAUCUGGGAGGUAGUUCAACAACUCAACAAGUCACGCAAGCCAUUCUUAAAUCACUUUAA